AUGAAAUUUUUGGGAAAAUCACCGAAGAAUACCGCUAGUAUAGAGAACCAAGUUCAUGGUAAAAGCUUCCAUAAAAUUUCAUUCAAGCGGAAACAUCGCGUCACCCCUCUCACGCGUCACCCCAGUUCGGCGAAAAUGCACGAUGAUACACUAGCUGUCGAUCCCUUAAUGAUUUUCCAGCGAAUUUGUUUAACACAAGAGUGCAAAGCAGAUCUUGAAAAUCACCUUGCAUAUGAACUAGCUCCUUUUUCGAUGAGCAUAUUUGAUAACGGUGUGAUGCGAAAAACCGCGAAAUCAGCAUUAUUGAAAAUUUUCCCACCAGAAACAGUACCCGUUGAUAAGAAGAAUUGCGUUCAUGUAAUCGAUGGGGGAAUGUUGAUACAUCGGGUACCAUGGAACUUGAUGGAAAAAUUCGAUGAAAUUUUCAGUAGAUACGUCAAGUAUCUGAACGACCACUAUUCCCCGGGAAUGACUGUGGUAUUUGAUGGCUACGAAUUGAAUCGCGAUAGCAUAAAAGGGAUGGAACGUUUUCGGCGGGCACACAACAAGUCGUGUCCUGACAUACAAUUCACCCCCAGCAUGUCUUUGACGGUCCAAAAAGACAAGUUUUUAUUCAAUGUCAAUAAUAAAAUUCGGUUUAUACAAUAUUUGAAGCAGGCUCUGGAAAAAAAUGGCAUUGCUGUUAUCCAGGCGGUAGACGAUGCGGACGUAUUGAUAGUUCAAACAGCAUUGCAGAAAUAUUCUCGCAAUGGCCCAGCAGUAUUAGUAGUAGCUGAAGACAUUGAUAUUCUAGUAUUGAUUACAGGGCUGACCCCACCAGAUCAGAAAAUUUAUUUCCUGAAAGUCGAGAAGGGUCACAAAAGUCAGCAAAUAUUUUCUUCCACGCCCAUUCAUACGGGAAAAUAUUCUCUUUUUACAUGCAGUCACUGGGACAGACACAACCUCUGCUUUUUUCAGAAAAGGUAA